AUGAAGGGCGAAGGGUUGGAACUUGAUUUAAAGUUUCAAUUUGUAUUAGCUCGAAACUAUGCCAAUUUAGGUAUCAAAGAAAAAGCCAAAUCCGUUUUGAAAGAAAUGGAAGGAGGCAACCUGAAUGAAAACAAAAUGGUAUGUUUUAAAAGAGAUUGGGAGGUAUGCGAAUCCGAUCCCCAAAUCCAUGAGUGCAUGAAUGCUAUUGACGCGUUUGGAAAAGUAUACAAAAUUAAGGAAGCGGAAGCAAUGUUUGAUAAAAUGUCAAAAAAAUGGAAGCAACUUUCAGCAAAACAUUACACUGCCAUGUUGAAAGUGUAUGUGGAUCAUAAGUUGUUGAAUUAA